CGUUAUAGUAACAUUCGUUAUUGUGAUAUUUUAUAUAAAGCCCACAAUAUGAUAGAACAACAAAUGUCAAUAUUAAGAAAGAUUCGAUUUUAUCAGUUCCUGGAGAGACAUUAUUAUUGGGUAGAUGUAACCCAUAUAGAGAGUCCCGAUGAAUUCUAUGUGCGUCCUGUUGCAUUCCGUAACGAUUUACGAUUCCUGCAAGCACCUCGGGAACUGAUAAAGGUAUGUGAGUUGCAAAUCGGGCGCAUCGUGUCUUACAAGUCAGAAGUUGUGCAAUGCUUCGUUCGUGGUCAACUUAUUCUCAUCCAAAUGAUACCAUCUGGGGUAGGGCACGAAAUUGUGUGCGAUCUAUUUGCUAUGGAUUAUGGCUUCAUUGAUAAGCAGAUACCGAUUUGGAAAAUAUUCAAGAUUCAAACGAAAAAUGAUACGCUCAUAAUGCGGCAGGCUCUUGGCGUGAAACGUGCAAAGAUGAGAGUAUGCGCGAAGUAUGGAAACACUAUUCUGGUCGACUUGAAUGAAGGCACUCCGAACGAUGUUUCAAUCUCCAUUGUGCAGAUGAACAACCCUCCCAGCAAAUAUAUGGUAGAGUUGGACGAAGAAGUCAAUGAGGUAGCACGUCGCCAGCUCCGCUACAUUCGCUGUCACGUCGGUGAUGUCUUGCAUGUGAUUAUGCGAUACGUCAGCACGCCUUAUCGCUUUUUCGUUAGCGAUAUUAGGACAUACCGUGCAUACAUAGCAAGCCGACCCGAUUUCUCUUACUAUUGCCAGUAUCAGCAACCAUUGACCCUCGACAAAGUUCAUCCAGGCCUCUGUGUCGCUAUUGAGCUACCAGAUGAAAUAUAUGAGAGAGCAAUUGUUUUAACCGUUGACAAAAAAGAAAAAAAAAUACUUGUCAACAAAAUUGAUUUUGGUGAGGUUAUAGAAACCACAAUCGACAAGCUGAAACCUGUUAAAGAACAAGUAUUCAACCACAUGCCCGCAUUGGCUAUGUGCUGUUCCAGUAGCUUGGCCGCCCCUUAUGCUUAUGAAUUGAUGAAAGAGCUUGAGAAGAAACCCGAAUUUAUGAUUCGAUUCACUAGCAUUGGAUGUACCUUUGAGACUCCCAGCCUGGUGGACAUUAUUCCAAUAAUUGAGUAAACUUAAAGAUUUUUAGAAUUUCUCUCCCAUAAUGCAUUGGAUCUAUACACUUUAAUUACAUUGUUGUGUUAAUACGUAUAAUCGAUGUGUCGUAUCUUUCUAAAUGUACUUUCUUACAUAUAUUUCCCUAUUAUUAUUAAAUUUUAUUAAUUUUGUUAAAAUGGAAUGCUAAGAAUGGAACAACAAGGGAUUGUCAGACGUCCACGUAUUUUUAUGACUUACAACGGUACAUUUAUCUAUAUACUCGUAUGUACCUACUUUAUAUAAAUAGACUUCACAACGUGUUUAACAUUGGGUAAAUUUUUAAAUUUAAAAGGUUCGUUUUAUAUGUGAACGAUAACAUUAAAAACUAAGACCGCUAUUUUAGAGCCACUGACAUUUUUGUCACACUUAAGCGUAAUAUGAUUACAUAAUUAGCAUAGUCUCGAAAUUUGACAGGGUCUCUUUGAGAAUUCCUUGCAAGACUGAAUUAGGAAAACUUAACUUUAUCGUGCUUACAACAAUAAAAUUAAGUUCGGACAGGUGCGAUUUUAUGAUGGAUGUAGGAAAGGUAUUAUACCGUUUGUUUACGUACAAUUUUGAAUUGUAAUAUUUGUACUCUUUUUACUGAUAUUGUUUAGUUAUACUAUACACCUAAUUAAGUACGUUUUGCUACAAUACUAUAUAUUUCCAUCGAUGUUUCUUGCCUAACUGUUGUUUAGCUCUAUCGAUAUGCGAUUAUUGUACGUCGUUUUAAAUGCGUGUACACGUUUAAUAGAUGUUGUUUUUUUAAAAUAUCUGGGUGUUAGAAAGUAAUUCAGUAUUCAUAUGUAGUUAAGUCAUUUAAAUGUAUUAAGUCAUAUAAUAUUCUUGGUGUCAAAACGUUUUAAUGAACUUUUAUUAUAAAUUAUUGAAAAGAACCCUCAGACACAGCCCACUGAGUUUCUCGCCGGAUCUUCUCAGUGGGUCG